UCAUGUUGUGUAGUCUACUCUGCGCUUUGUUAGUCUCUCAACACAGUCUCUACGAACAGGUCAAGGAGAUUUCUCCGUUGUAACUUUUCUUCGAAACUCAGCGCAGUAACAUUCAGCACCAUGGGGAAAGGUUGCAUGACGGCGACCAAGUACUUCCUGUUCCUCUUCAACCUCAUCUUUUUUUUGUUUGGAGCAUUGAUCAUGGGCUUUGGCUUGUGGGUCCUCCUGGAUAAUCAGAGCUUCAUGGCCGUCCUGCAAGACUCCUCCAUGGCUCUGAAGGUGGGCUCCUACAUCCUGAUCGGGGUUGGAGCUCUCUCCAUGCUCAUGGGCUUCCUGGGCUGUCUGGGUGCUAUCUACGAGAUCCGCUGUUUGCUGGGCCUGUAUUUCACCUGCCUGCUACUGAUCCUAAUUGCCCAAGUUGUCGCUGGUGUUCUGAUCUACCUCCAGAAGGACCUGCUGAACAAUGAGAUGUCCAACAUUGUGACCCAGAUCCUGAACAACUACCCGGGCAAGAACACCACCACAGAGCAGGCCUGGGACCUCAUUCAGAGGACGAUGGAAUGCUGUGGCUGGAAUGGUCGCAUGGACUGGAAUGGCAAUGGUGUUAUUAUCAACAGCUCCCAGUUGCUUUUUCCCUGCUCCUGUCAAAAUGUCACAUUCUUCACCGGCAAUUACUCUGACAGUGGCUUCUGUGAGGCCCAGUCACCUGACUGGCCUGUGUACGACACGGGAUGCUCCUCAAGUGUGGAGAACUGGCUAUUCACCAACCUUGGUGUUGUCCUGGGAAUCUGCCUAGGAGUGGCUGUCAUUGAGCUUUUGGGCAUGAUUCUCUCUAUUGGCCUGUGUAAGGGCAUACACAAAGAAGACUACACCAAAGUGCCAAAGUACUGAAGAUGAGGUGCAGAAAGAACACACAAACACACAUGAACAUACACAAACAUACACACACAAAUAAGAAUUUUGGAAUACAGCACACACACACAUCUACACUUAAACAUGCCCACACAGGCAUACACAGUAAUACAUCUUCUCAUUUGUUUGUUUAUUGAAACACAUUAUGUCCAAAUGUUGCAUUACGUUUGAGGUGUGUGUGGGGGGGGCGGCGGCCUGAGGCACUUCUGUCUUUUCCAUCAGUACAGUUUUCAUGGAGCAUUUUAGAGAUGUAAAUUGAGAGCUUUGGAUUUAAAACAAAUAGCCAGGAAGUAUGGUCCUCGGUUUACAUUGGAGUAAAACAAAGGUUUACCAAGAGUCCAAAAGAGACAAGGAAGUAAGGAAUGAUUGGGUGGUGAGACAUGAGGCAGUUCUGAGAAGUAGGAGGCAAAAACACCCUCCGUGACAACUGUGGAAGGCAGGUGAUAGAAAGCCAACUGCAUUCACUACUUUUUUGUUGUUGUUUCUUUUUAGGUUAUACAGUGUUUCGAGUUUUUGUGCAUUUUGUUGGUUUUGUAUAAAGUUUUGGUGUGCAUUUAAAUCUGAGAUAGCAUCGACUUAGGAAGCUGGUCACUCCUUGUUUAAAAAGAAGAGUAGAUUUGUUUCUUCUGUUCUGUUUUAUUUUUCAUGUAUUACAUUUGAAUUGUAUUGAAGGAUUUUUUUUUACCAAUAAUUCUUUGAAAGUAAUAGGAAUAAUAAAAUACUAAAGAGGACCAAUUCUGAAACAUGCUCCCCAACAAGUGUCACACUCACGGUUUACAUUUUUCUUUGAUCACAUGCAGGAUGUUUUUUGUGUAUUCUGAGUGGCAGUUUUUAUGAAGAUCACUUUAUCUAAGUAUGUCAAGACUGUUUGAGAAAUUAUAUAUUUCAUACAAUAUUCUACAUCAGGGAUAUUUCAAUAAGAGGAAAUACAAAAUAAUUUGAAUUGUUAUAUAAGAAAUAUAUAUAUAUUUCGAGAAAAUUUGGGAUACAAUUAAAAUUAUUCUGAAAAUAUGUUGUACAUUUUUACUUUGAAUGAAGGUCUUUCAUAUUUUGAUUUUAUAAUGUACAAAAUGCCCUCUUGUUUAUUUUUUAUUUUUUUACAUGUUUGACAAACAUUCCAUGACCUUCAAGUAAUUUUUUGGGACUAUUAAAACUUUACACAUUUUUGUUUGGUAGCUGGAUUAGUUAAUGUAUACUCACCCAAUUGAUUCAGUUUUAUUUUGUCAAUAAACAUUCAAUAGACUGA